AUGGAAGUCAUUGCUUUGAUCCAGGGCGAUGAGAUGUCUAAUCUUACCCCUCUGUUCCUUGUACAUGCCAUUUCUGGACUUGCCCUGCCCUUUUUACACCUGGAGUCUCUAAGUGAUGACGACAGACCUGUAUACGGCAUCACGAAUCCUAUCCACUGCCCCGGUGGCCAUGGCUUCAAACCUCCCUCCAGUCUCAAAGAUGUGGCUGCCUUUUAUCUCGACGGCAUUCGUGGAAUCCAACCUGAAGGGCCGUACCUCCUGGGGGGGUGGUCCAUGGGUGGCAUGAUCGCCAUGUUCAUGGCGCAAAUGCUGGAGGCUCAAGGAGAAGAGGUUCACAAAGUCAUCAUGAUUGAUUCUGUCAAUCCCGAAGUCUUCCCCGAAUUCGAAAGCGCGGAAGAACAUGGUGAAUUUGUCAAAGCCACCUUUGAGCGCACUAUUUCGGCUGGUGGACUACAAUCCGACGAUGAGGGCGACGGCGACGGCGGCGGCGACGACGACUUUCCCGUCUCGUCCGCCGUCGACGACACCCACGACGCGGGCGACUACGUCGCGACUCGGUCUCGGCGCUCUAGUCUCUGCAACAGUCCCUCAAGCUCGGGGACAUGGAGUGCUCGAUCCAGCGCAGCCAGCAUCUUCGACGCCAACAGCCCCUUUAUGUCUCCGAGGUCUCCGAGGUCUCCCCUUUCCGACGAUUACUUGACUGAUGACACUGAUUGCAGCUGCGACUCUGACUGCGAUGAGCCGCCCGGCAUGGAAGUCUUCUUGCAAAACAUCAAGACCCAUAUCCAUCGCGGUCUCGAUCUCGUCUCCAGCGUCAAGCCCGGCGACCUCUUUACCCCCGGGACCAAGUCCGAUUUCGACGCCAUCCUCGUCAAGUGCACCACGAGACCUGUCGACGUGGAAAGGAAAUACAAAGAGCAUGCGGGUGCUCAGCUGAUUGAGACGGUCAUGCGAGAGCAGAACAUGCGAUGGAACCCUCUACAGUUUCGCAGCUUCCAAUCCAUCCCAUUCAGCGGCGACCACGACAGCGCGUUUCAACCGCAAUUUGUUGGAGAACUGAGUGCCAUCCUGCGGGAGUGCAUUGAAGACGUCGAGUAG